AAGGGGGCGCACAGCAUAUUUUUCUCCUCGAACUGAUAAAAAGCCUCUACAAAUUAUUUGCUGUAGUCAUUUGAGUUCAGACCACGUUGUGGGGUGCAUAUGCCUCUAAAAUAUACACCACAUCGUAUAUUCGGAUACCGGUUAUUCUACUUUUCUUAAUUCUUUUCAAAAAAGACAACGGACACAUCUGAAAAAUCAAGAAAAAUUAUAAUUGAUUUUAAGAUGCUCUAAAAAGGAUUUUUAUCAAAGAAUUUUCACUGCCGCAACGGAUAUUACUCAGCAGUUUCUUUAGACCCAAGUGCAGUCUCUUAAGUUGGUUCUGAUAGUGCAGACAUCUCCGCAGAAUAUCAAUCGAAAAUGAUAACAUUUGCAGUGAACAGUGAACAUUGUGAAAGUACUGAAAACAUGUUGCAUAUCGGAUAAUCCUGGACUUUCUUUCGCUCACACUAUCCUUCCCCCAUCUCCUUGGAGUCAGAAAUCUUCGAUUUGGUUUGCUUCAACGCAACAAAAGGGGUGACUGGCCAGGAUUUCCUUGGGACACUCUUGAUCCAUAUUCGGAAAUUGUUGCAAAGUGAUAUCGUGUGUUUUGGUGUUUUUAAAUAAAUGAAAAAUUUAUAAUUUCUUCAAUCAACAUAAUUCGGGAUUAGGUCAAUUGUUUAGUUUUUGUCAAAAUGUUGUGGGAAAGUAUUCCUGAAGAAACCUGCGAAGUGAUGGAGUGUACGAGCCUGAUCUCGAACCGCUUCACGCUGAGUUCGUCGCGAACGCGGGUGGACCGACGCUCAUCGGAGUCAUUGCGAGCACGUUUUGCUCAACGGCGGCUUGAUGAUAUCCUGGAAACGAGUGACAGCAACUAUGACGAGAACAAUCUCUUUGAUAAACAUCACGAUGAAAUGCCAAUCGAUGAAAUGUCCUUCUAUGGCAGUCACAGUCCACGAUCCAGGAGUCCGCAGCCUUGUCCGCCUAGCCCUAUCAUGGACAUUGCCUAUCUGCCGCCAGAAGGUAGUCCGCAACGCUUCACCGUCGUCCAUGAUACAGUUACUAUAGUGGAUAAUGAUCGACUCCGCGGUGAUUGUGCUUCUUUCCAAGAUGGCAAAUCGAGCGGUUUCCAGAAGUUCCAUUUCACCGAACCACGGCUACCCAAAUUACAAGACGAGAAAUCGCCACAAAAAAUGAUCCAACAUGAAUAUAAAAGUCGCGUUUCCCCGAAAAACAACUUCAGAAUAUUCAACAGUCUCAGCUCGACCUCCACGGAAUCCAUGGAGGACGACUAUAUGGAACUGUUUGAUAUGGAGGCUCUUGAGGACGUUUCGAAUUUCCCUACAAACAUGAACACAUUGAUCAGUGGAGACAUUAAAAACGUAAAAACCACUCCGGAAAUGAAGCGACCUGUUGUGCGACGAUGCUUAAGCUUGACCGACUCAAAUGAGAAACAUCGAACAAGAAAUGUCCUUUUUGAGCCCAAGACUCCUGAAAUCCUGAAGAAACUCGAUGAGAAUUCACCGCGACUAACACUAACCGGCGAACGUUGCUUCAAGCGACCCGAACCCCCCAGUACUAGCCCGAUCCAGAGUAAGCGCUACAAACCCGAUCUCGAUGAAAAAGAAAACUCCAUCAUCAACUCCCAGCAAUUUCUGCAGGAGCCUCCUAGGCCUGUUCUGCGAAAAUCCAUGUCACUGAACGAUGCUCAUAUUAUGACUGCGUUGGCACGAUCGUCGUCAGAGCCUGAUUUAAUUGGGGACUUUAGCAAGCCAUUCUGUCUGCCGUUAAUGGAUGGACGACAUCAGGAUUUGAAAUCGAUAUCAUGCGACACAAUGGCGAGAUUAAUUAAAGGAGAAUUUGCCGAUAGUGUUGCAUCGUUUAAGAUAAUAGAUUGCCGGUAUCCGUAUGAAUUUGAAGGUGGACACAUACGUGGAGCUCAUAAUCUCUAUACUCAUGAUCAGAUUCUUGAGGAACUGGUCAAUUGUAAGACUGAAGCACCGACUGUACAAGCUGAAGGACCAAAGAGACAUAUCCUAGUAUUUCAUUGUGAAUUUUCGUCAGAACGUGGACCGAAAUUAUCACGUUUCCUGCGAAGUAACGAUCGCCAACGCAAUACCAACGCCUAUCCUGCCCUUCACUAUCCUGAAAUCUAUCUCCUUCACGGAGGCUACAAAGAAUUCUUUGGAAAGUAUUCAGAAUUGUGUGAUCCGGUUGCCUACCGGCCAAUGCUCCACCCCUCCUACGUGGAUCACUACAAGCAAUGUCGUGCAAAAUCAAAAAGUUGGAGUGGCGACAUCAAAGCCUCGGCAUCAGCCAAUCGUUUCAUGAAGUCUCGGUCUCGCUUGGUUCUGUAAUCCAGCCCAAGUAUUUUCAACGAAAACUUGUCAGCGGCUACAAACACAAUAAAAAAACUGAAUAUUAGGAAAUAACUUAAAACAAAUUGAAUAUCAAUUAGCUAAGGAAGUGUAAAAAAAAUGGAAAUCAAUUUCAAGAAAAAAGAAAAAGAGAAAUCUGAAAUCUUUGAAAUGAUAUUUUUUAAGUAAAUUAUUAGUCAAAAAUUAACAAAAAAAAACAAACAAAAAAGAAUCCAAACCUGUGCAUUAUGUAGUAAAAAAAGGACAAAAUGUCUAAUCAAUUUAUAUAUAAAAAAAGGAAUAAUAUUGCAAAAAUGCUCCUUAACUUUGAACACGGAGAUUCUGAAAUUUCUCCACAAUCCCCCAGUUGAAUGCCAUACACAACCUGUAAAUAACCAAAAAUAAUACAAAUACGACAAAAAAAACGCUUUACACUCUCUUGAAAUACGCUUCAUUCAAGUUAACGGGCAUUUAUGUGUUAUAUUAUUAAUUGUAUCUUUAUUUAGUUAUCUUUUAUCUAAGAAGAAUGUAGAAAUAUUGAAAAGUUUCGCAUAAUAAUUAGCUCUAGACCAGAUCUUAUUUUCAAGAUCUUAAAAAAAUCGCUUAUAUAUAUAUUUUUUAUUUCCCUUUUAAUUAAAGAAAAAAAAACAAAAAAACAAAAAAAAACAUACAAAAAUAUAAAACAAAUACUGUCUUCUAGCCUUUUGAUUUGUUUGAGAAUUUUAUCCCGAAAUUUAUCCAGAUUGUUUCUCAAUGGAUUAGAAUUUUUUAUGUUUUAUGUUUCCAAAUUUAUAAAAAUAUAUUUUCCUGGACCUCCUUUAAAAAAAAAACAACCAAAAUUCACCAACAACUAAAAAAAACUAUGAAAUAUUUUUGAACCGAAUCCAAUACAAAGUAAAUUACAAAUAAAAUAUCUCAAAAUUCAAUCAAUCAAAGGUAGUGUGUAGUAUGUGUGUAAUCUGUGAUUUUUUUAGUCCACCGAAUUGAUCUACGUUAACUGUAAAUAAAAGACAUUUUAUUAUAAUUUUUAGAGCCCUAAGUCACACUGUACAUAAAAGAACACUCAGCACUUAAGAGAAACAAUGAUUACGAAUGAAAACAAAAGACAUUAAAUAUUCAAAAUAAAUCUAAUAUAAUUCCUA